UCGGUGUUUCCGCUUCACCCGGAAGUGCCUCUUCUUCGUCUGUGUUUUUCAAACUGCGGAACGUGCUUGUCGUGUUGCUCAUUCACUAAGUUCAUAAAUGUGAUCGUCUCCUCGUCUCCUCGUCUGUCUGUGUGGCUGGUCGAUCGGAGCGAUGGCCGGUCCAGAGCUCUUACUGGACUCCAGUAUUCGGCUGUGGGUGGUGCUGCCCAUCGUCUUCAUCACCUUCUUCGUGGGGAUCAUCCGUCACUACGUCACCCAGCUGCUCCACAGCGACAAAAAGGUCGACCUGGAGCAGGUCUCCGACAGUCAGGUGCUCCUGCGCAGCCGCAUCCUCAGAGAGAACGGGAAGUACAUCCCCCGACAGUCCUUCGCCAUGAGGAAACAUUACUUCAACAACGCAGAGACCGGCUUCUUCAAGAAGGUGAAGAGGAAGGUCGUCCCCAAGAACCCAAUGACAGACACCAGCAUGUUGACGGACAUGAUGAAGGGAAACCUGACCAACGUCCUGCCCAUGAUUGUGAUUGGUGGAUGGAUAAACUGGGCGUUCUCUGGAUUCGUCAUAACCAAGGUGCCCUUCCCUCUGACUCUGAGGUUUAAGCCGAUGUUACAGAGAGGGAUCGACCUGCUGUCGCUGGACGCCUCCUGGGUGAGUUCAGCGUCCUGGUACUUCCUGAAUGUGUUUGGCCUGAGGAGCAUGUACAGCCUCAUACUGGGACAGGACAACGCUGCCGAUCAGUCUCGGAUCAUGCAGGACCAGAUGACGGGUGCUGCCAUGGCGAUGCCCCCUGACCCCAACAAGGCUUUUAAGAGUGAGUGGGAGGCUCUGGAGAUCGUGGAACACAAGUGGGCACUGGAGAACGUGGAGGAGGAGCUGAUGUCCAGAGACCUCAACUUUGGAACCUUCUUCAGCCAGGACAUCAAGUCCACCAUGUUCUGAGACCAGCGAGGUUCCUGUGAGCUCUGCAGCAUCUGUGAAAGGUUCUAGAACUCUAGUCUCUGCAAUGGAAUCAGGCCCCGAGGAUUCUAGAACCCUCAUGAAGGUUCCGGAACACGGUUCACACAAAUUCUAGAAUGAAAUAACUGAAUCUGUGUCUGAAUCAGUCUUCACUACCUCAGGCACUUCAGUCACUUUCUGCUUUUUAAUGUGAUGAACGACACGGUGCCUUCAGGAACCUACACAGUGGAACUAAACCUGUAAUGUCCAUAAGGCCAACAGGCCCCUGAGACGUUAGAUGUUCAGCUUAUUACUUACAAUAAUAAUUCAUGAUUUAUUAAAAACUGACCCUUAAAUCCACUCGCUGGCUUUAUCUAGAGCUUUCCAAACAAUCUCUCAGUCUUCAGUAGAGAAUGAGGUUCCUGUGUUGGCCUUUACAUUUUUAAAUUCUAUGUACCUUCAGUUAACUUUGGUUUAGUUUUAGUUUUUGUGUGUUCUGUGUUCCAGAACAGAGAUUUUUUCAGCCAGAUGUUUUAAAUCCUCGUCCAGAUGAGUUUCAGAACCGUUCCCAGACGGUUGCAGAGCACAGGUUCGUUUCAGAGAACCAGCAGAUUCUGCACCAGACGAAUCCUCUCAGGAAGCAGCGGCGUUUAAAGACGACUGGGACGUUUGGAGAGGAAUGAAACGGUCUGAGGAGCUUUACCUGACGGCAGGCGUGGACGUUUUUCACCCUGCAGAACAUUUUGCAUGUACUUUCCUACGCUGUGGUCGUCAGCUGAUGCUGUUGCCCACGGCGACUUGAAGUGAAUAAAGUGAGUUAAAUAAAGGUGCCAUUGUGACAACUAA